AUGAAUAACCCUUCAACUUUUUCUUCUUCUACUUCCAUAACCUCUCUUCCACGAGAGAUUCUUCUCAAAAUUCUCACUGGUCUUCCUGCCAAAUCCGCAGUGCGAUUCAGAUGCACCUCCAAAUUCUUCUAUUCCUUCGUACCGGAGCCAAGAUUCGCUUUCAGAAUCCUCGUCUCUCUCCCAUCCGAAACACCCCCUGAAUUAAAUUUAUUCUCCGUGAGUUACCGUGAAGACAGCCAUGGAAACCUCCAGGCCGACACUGCCCAACGUUUGGAUGUACGAGGUUUACUAUGUUCCGCCGAUGGCAAGAUGUGUCUGCUCAGCCACGCAUCGGGGGACGACGCUGUUUUCGACCUUAGUACCGGACUGUGUAUUUGCCUGCCAAGGAUUGGUCGGUCCACCGGCCGUGCGGUCUUGGUGUUUGACUCGGUUUCGGGACGGUACAAGGUUUUCAACUGCGAGGUGUAUUUUGAUACUGAUUGCCGGCAAUUGUUUAAUCAGCUCUGGGUUUUAACUGUCGGAGUGGAUAAGUCACGGAGGAAGAUAGACUCUUCCAACAUCACCGGAUAUAUCAAGGCUGUCGUCCACAUUCAUGGGAUUAUCUAUUUGAUUCCUUUUAUUUUCGAAUCCAGAGUAGAAUGGUCUGGACUCUCUCAACUGUCAAAGAUAGUUGCAAUGGAUGUUGCGAAGGAGAAUUUUAUCACGUUCAUACCGCUCCCAUCUGAAUGUUGGCUGCAAUGGAUGAAGCUGAAUGAUCGCUUAGCUUUCAUUGACAUUCUUAGUCCACAAAAUGCGAAAUUCGAGACUCCUACGUUUUGGCCCGACAAGAUAAAUAUAUGGACGUUGGAGAGGUCAAUGGAGUGGGAGAAACAGACCAUUGGUUUGCCAUUGGAGCAGAGGGAGGUGAUUGGAGAAGCUACUUUCAUGGGGUCUACUGCUAAUAGUAUGGGGGAUAUUGUGUUCUUGAUUCAAAGGGAGAGGAUAAUGUCUCCACUGGUUUUAGUUUAUUCAUUUAGAAGAGAGGUUUGGAGAAGAUUUGAGAUACAUGGAGUUUGUAAUUACUCACUUUGUUUCUCAUAUAUGAGACGUGUUGUGCAUGUGGAGGAUGAGAUUGCAACUUUUUUGGAAUGA